AUGACCUCAACCCAUUCCGACACCGUCACGGCUCAGCCACCACCACCCGCCGCCGACAUCCUCGAUGAUAUCUUCGGUUCCUCGCCACCACAACCCUCUUCGCUCGAGCGCGAUAGCGUUCCAGCCGCAGAACCAUCCGAUCUCCCGUCACUCCGCCGCCAACAUGUGACAACGGGGUACCGCGAUGGGAUCUCACUUUCGAAAGGCGAACACGUGCAGGAUGGGUUUGACGCGGGAUUUCCCGUGGGUGCGCAGUUAGGUAUGCGCGCGGGGACGGUUCUCGGGAUAAUGGAGGGUGUGCUGCGUGGGUAUGAAAGUAAAGUCGGGGGUGGGGCUGUGAAGAAACUGCCCUCUACUACUCGUGGGGGUAAAUCUACGGGCCGCGCCCAGGGCCAGGGACAGGGACAGGGAAAAGAGGAAUCAGAAAUCGAGAUUCUACGCCGCGAACAACGAGAAAAAUUAUUAAAAAUCUACCAGCGCGCGCUGAACGAGUUAGAAGUGCAGGCUGUUUUCAAUGGGUUGGAGGAUACGGGUGACAAGGACCAGGAGAAGCCCGAGACACAACUGGGGAGGAAGGGCGAUGGGGUUGUUUCGUCAUGGGAGGGGAAGGUUAAGGUGGCGGAGUGGGAGAGGAACAUGGAGGCUUUGGAGAUGAAGAAGGAGGAGGCGGCAGCGGCGACAGCGACGGCGACACCCGAUAAUAAGGGCGAACAGAGUUGA